GCUCCCCGGUGCAAGCUGUUGGGAACGGCGACAACAAGCACCUGCAGCCGAAGAUCACUGCUCUCCGUAGCAUCAGGACCACAAGCUGCUGAACUAACACUGGCCACUUUCUCCAAUCAAACUCGACCCAGGCGCAUGGAGUCCAUUUGAAAAUUAUAUAUAAUUCCCUCAGAUUUAUUAUUCAGUCUUGCUGUAUGUUAUUUAUAAUAUAAUAAUUUGCGGUCAUGGAUGAAGACAAUAAGACAAAGAACGAAGAGCAGCAUCUAACUGUCCAAAAAGCAUUGCAGCAAUGUGAAUUGGUCCAAAAUAUGAUAGACAUCAGCAUCUCUAGUCUGGAAGGGUUAAGGACUAAAUGUGCCACAUCAAAUGACCUUACGCAAAAAGAAAUAAGAACACUGGAGAGUAAACUUGUGAAGUACUUCAGCCGUCAGCUUUCCUGUAAACGUAAAGUUUCUCUGCAAGAACGGAACGCUGAGCUAGAGGGAUUUCCCCAUCUUGUUCACUGGUUUCGGAUUGUAAAUAUUCGGAAGGAAGUGAUAGAGGACAUAGCUCCUGAUCAGCUGACUCUAGAAGCCCUUUUAGAGAUGACCGAUGAAGAAGUCUGUGAAACGGUGAAGAAAUAUGGGACAAACAGUGAAGAAUGUGCUAGAUUAAACGCUUCAUUGUCCUGCCUACGGAGUGUUUAUAAAUCAGGGAGUAGCCAUUCCAGCCAGGACUGGGUUAUUCAGUGGCCUACAACAGAAACUGGGAAAGAGAAUACUCCUGUCAGCCAAGCAGAGUCAGUCAUCUGGCCCGGAUGCAGUAUCACAUUGAGCCCCAAGAUAUCGUCAAAGUUCAUGCAGCAAGACUUCCAUUCAGUGCCUGUGCUAGGAACCAACUGUACUUACACAGACAGACUAACCAUUGGAGAUCCUAUUGGACUUUAUCCUACAUUUGAGAGUGGGCCAAGUUCUCUGCCACCAUCUCCACGGCAGCGCCAUCCUGUUCAUACCCCCCCUCGAACCCCUCCCAUAGUGACAACGAUGACACCUCCGGGAACGCCACCAGUGAGGAGAAGGAACAAAUUGAAACCUCCUGGAACUCCUCCUCCGACUUCUCGCAAAUUGAUUCACCUCAUCCCUGGAUUCACGUCACUACACCGAAGUAAAUCACAUGAGUUCCAGCUAGGAAACAGGGUGGAAGAAACACACACCCCAAAAGCAAAGAAAAAGAACAAACCUCUAAAUCUGAAGAUACACAAUAGUGUUGGCAGCUGUGAAAACAUCCCUGCUCAACGUUCCCCUCUUCUCUCAGAACGUUCCUUGCGCUCCUUUUUUGUCGGACAUCCAUCAUUUCUUCCUUCUACACCUCCGGUUCACACUGAAGCCAAUUUUUCAUCAAAUACAUUGUCAGUGCCUCGAUGGUCCCCACAGAUUCCCCGCAGAGAUCUUGGGAAUUCAAUAAAACACAGAUUUUCCACCAAGUAUUGGAUGUCUCAGACCUGCACAGUAUGUGGGAAAGGAAUGCUUUUUGGCUUGAAAUGUAAAAACUGCAAGUUGAAGUGCCAUAACAAAUGCACCAAAGAAGCCCCACCUUGUCAUUUACUUAUCAUUCAUCGUGGAGCAAGACUCGUGCGAACAGAAUCUGUGCCAUGUGACAUUAACAAUCCUCUUAAGAAGCCACCCAGGUACUCUGAUCUGCACUCCAGCCAAACACUGCCAAAAACCAACAAAAUUAAUAAGGAUCAUAUACCGGUUCCCUACCAGCCUGAUUCAAGCAGUAAUCCUUCAUCAACAACAUCUUCAACACCAUCCUCUCCGGCACCUCCUCUACCUCCCAGUGCAACACCACCUUCACCCCUUCAUCCUUCACCACAGUGCACCCGGCAGCAGAAACAGUUCAACCUCCCAGGUAUACUCUCCAACAUUCGUUUGAGGACAGUCACAAACAGUGACUUGAUUGAAAGUCACAGCCACACAAGUCCACCGCAAGCUUCUCAUUAUUUCAAGUACAAGCAGCAAUUCAUAUUUCCAGAUGUCACACCAGAGGCACAAACUCGAACUCCUCAAGUUAUUCUUCAUCCUGUCAACUCUGACCCAAUUGGAGGAAACCCAACACUUCGAGUGGAAGUAAAUGAGCCCACAUCAGAGAACGAAGAUGUAAAUGAUGCUUAUAAGUCAGAUGGCUCAGAAGAUGAUUUUGAGGAAAUGAAUCUAUCAUUAUUGUCUGCACGGAAUUUUCCACGGAAAGCAAGUCAGACCAGUAUAUUCCUCCAGGAAUGGGAUAUUCCAUUUGAGCAACUAGAAAUUGGAGAACUCAUUGGCAAAGGACGGUUUGGGAAAGUCUAUCAUGGUCGUUGGCAUGGAGAGGUAGCAAUCCGCUUGAUUGAUAUUGAAAGGGACAACGAGGACCAUCUAAAGCUCUUCAAAAGGGAAGUGAUGGCAUAUAGACAAACCAGGCAUGAGAAUGUGGUACUUUUUAUGGGAGCCUGUAUGAGCCCUCCUCACUUGGCUAUCAUCACCAGCCUCUGCAAAGGAAGAACUCUGUAUUCUGUUGUAAGGGAUGCUAAAAUGGUGUUGGAUGUGAACAAGACCAGACAAAUAGCUCAGGAGAUUGUAAAGGGUAUGGGUUACCUACAUGCUAAAGGAAUUCUUCACAAAGAUUUGAAGUCAAAGAAUAUAUUCUAUGACAAUGGAAAGAUAAUCAUCACUGAUUUUGGCCUCUUCAGCAUCUCUGGAGCUUUGCAAGAGGGCAGGAGAGAAAGUGAAAUGAGGAUUCCUAAUGGUUGGCUAUGUCAUCUGGCUCCUGAAAUUAUUCAACAACUCUCCCCAUCUACAGAUGAAGACAAACUCCCAUUCUCCAAGCAAUCGGAUGUAUUUGCAUUUGGAACCAUAUGGUAUGAGUUGCACACACGUGAGUGGCCUUUCAAGAAUCAGCCCACAGAUGCGAUAAUAUGGCAAGCUGGGCGAGGAAUGAAGCCUAAUCUAAGUCAAAUUGGCGUAGGAAAGGAGAUAGCGGACAUCUUGCUUUUCUGCUGGGCCUACGAGCAGGAGGAGAGGCCUAGUUUCUCGAAGAUCGUGGAGCUGCUUGAGAAGCUGCCCAAGCGAAACCGUCGGCUCUCUCACCCUGGACAUUUCUGGAAGUCAGCUGAGUACGUCUCCCUUAGCUCCAAUGUGUGAACCUCCAGAUGCAUAUCAUCGCAUUUUGGAUCCAGCCUCGCAUUUCAUGCAUUAUGUUCGGUUGACCGUUUGCUUUAGCAUUCCAUGCAGCUGAUGGACAAAUCUGAUCAAUCGUUCAAGGAUGCACAAAAUUGAGAAUCACAAACUGAAACUCAAAGUGAGUAUUGUAAACCUCAGUCUUAACCGAAUAAAAUGCACAGCUGUAGCAGGCAAAAUUUUACACAUCUUUUUUAUAACCCCUCUGGAGAAAGAGUGUACAGCAUGGAAAAGUUGCUUGAUUUAGUUACUCAGAUUUGUUUUAACUUUGAGUCUUCUGCAUAGCAGGCAUAUAAUGCACACUUGGAGAAAAGGCCAGUGGCUUCAAAGAUACUUGUGAAUGAAAGGAAUGACCUGUUCGCCAAAUAUUUAGACUUCCAUUAUCCCAUGAUUCCAUGACUGUUCAAAAGGAUGGAGCCUAAUUAGAACGAGUUCAUUUUCUGUGGGAACCUGAUAAGGCUACAUUACCAGCACAUCAUUCAGUUUUGACAUUGGUGGGGGGGGGGGAGAUAAAGUGAGAUCCUUUAUGAUUAUUGUCCGUACCUGUACCACAGUAGCUGCAGAUCAUACAGUGUCUUUGAGAUGUGCAAUAUGAAGUGUAUUCUUAUCAGGUUUUUGAUGGUACAUACGUUGCUUGUCCUUGAAAUAAGACUACAAACAGCACAUAGUGCUCCUUAAUUGGUCAGUAAUAGUAUAUUUAUCUAAUCCCAUUCUACAAGGGUUCAGUUCUGAAGGGGGAGAUGCAAAUUGCUGCUGAGAGUCUUGAUCGUGAACCCAAAAAUGAAAAGCUGGUGGGCUGUAUAGACUUGGUCAUUCUUGCCCUCUGAAUGAGUUUAUAUCCUUAUCAGCAGUUGUUGUGUCCAUUCUGACCUAUUGCUUGUAAUAGGAUUCUGUCACAUUGCCAAUCAGUGGAAGAGAAACUAUAAAUCAAUCCUUUCUUCCUCCACAUUCUUUGAUUGCCUCUUUGACUCUAGGUCCAGUGCACUAUCUCCUGCUAUCUCCCUCCUAUCAGUUGCACUCCGCCUUCUCCCGUUCUGAAUGCUCUCACUGAUUGUGCCAAUUGCUGUCAUGAAAUAAGCAAUUCUUGAUGCCGGAUUUUGUAAGCACAAUCCUUUCACAAAACUUAGUUGACGUGUCUGUAUAUCUUAGCUAUUGAUGCUUUGGUUCUAUAGUUUUGUAUGAUAAUUUAUUCAGAUCCUUGUGCUGUCAAGCACCAGUGUUUCUUGUUUUUGAGGUAGGAUUACUUGUUUAACUUUUAUCAGUGCACCUUGGCCUUUGGAUGUAUUUUUUAAGGGAUCGUCUUUUUUUCUUCUUUUUACAAUUGAAGUUAAACUCUGAAAGUAAUUGAUGCCAGAAGUGUGAAUCUUGGUG